AACAGGUUUGGAAGCUCAACCAGAGCAUUAAGAGUGAGGUUUUAAAGUAUGUAAAAAUAGCACGUGAAUUUUGCUAAAAAAAGAAAGUUAGACUUUUAUUACACUGACUAUUGAACUGUUAAUUCGUAAUGGGUGCAUUCUACUACCACGACGAGUUUCCGGGGGCUUUCACUGACGAGCACAACUCGGGAAAGCCUGUUAGCCUGGAGCAGAUGGAGAAAAUCGGCGUUUUUUACAGACAUUUUGAGACUGUGGAAGAGGUCGACGUUGUGGCCAAAGAGCGCAAUUAUAAGAAUAGAGACGAGAUUGUUCUUUCAGAAGCAACUUUCCCUGGUGGACCAGAAGCGCUUCAGGCCAAGCUUGAGGCUUUCUACAAAGAACACCUCCACGAGGACGAAGAGAUCAGGUACAUAUUGGAUGGUGAGGGCUACUUCGAUGUGAGAGAUGACAACGACAGAUGGAUUCGCGCAAAGCUGACCAAGGGUGACCUUUUGAUUCUGCCAGCCGGCAUCUAUCAUCGGUUCACCCUGUCUAAUUCCAAGUACGUCAGAGCUUUGAGGUUAUUCAAGGACGAGCCAAAGUGGGUGGCUCUUGACCGUGGAACCGACCAGGCCGAGUCGAGCUUUUCGAGAACCGAGUACCUUCGCAGUGUGAGCGUCAAGUAAUUGCAAUCUUAUGUACGGGUAUAUUUAUUCAUUAUCU